AUCCGAAGUCGUUGCUUUUAUCUCCCACCUUGCCGCUACCGUUGUCAUCUUCUUGGUUUUCCAUCAGGUAAAUUAUCAGCAGAUCACAGGUACUCAGCGCAUUUGUUCUCUUUAUCUCUGUUCUCUAUUUUAUUGCGUGCUAUAUCUCCAGGCAGAAACAUAAAUUGUAUAAUAAUGAAGGGGGAAUGCGAGAUUCGUGAUUGCUGUUGAAUUGGGGUUUAAUUGAGUGUUUGCUUUUAAAUUUUGAUUUGUUUGUAUGUCGAUAAAGUUUUUGCUCUAUCUACUGAUAACACUACUAAAAUAAAAAGUAAUCUGUAUUCAACAUCACUUUAUAAAGAGACCCAAAUAAUAUUUUUACUAUUUUCAUGGUAGAUUGGCAUUUGAUUUCGUUACUUUGUUUUCUUGGGUAUUAUAAUAGAUAAUAAAUACAAACGACCAAGACUUCUAGGUCUAUGAACGUCUAAUCCGGGGCAAUUUAUUCCAAUUCGUCAUUUUUAAUUUGCCUUGCUCUUUGCUCCAAACACGUAUGCCACCAGUUUGAGAUCACCUACUUAGAAUCAUUCAUCCUCACAGUUGAGACUAUAUAAACCCUCAUGAGGGCAGUUGAUAUACAAACCAAAAAAUCAGCAAGAGUUUCAUUUAGACAUUAUGACUCCUUGUGUUUUUAUAAUUUUCUCACUUCUUUUGCUACUCACUGUGACUACAACUUCCAGCCAAUUGGUAAGAGUGGGAAAAGGAGGGGUUGAUGCAGAUGUUGUGAUGAACAAGUGUUUGGAUAAGGAGAUACACGCUCUCCUUCUUUUUAAAGCUCCCCUUAAAGACCCUGAUGGUGGUCUCUCUACUUGGACAGCUGACGAACAUGACUGCUGUAAAUGGAGAGGAAUUACGUGCAACAACCAAACAGGUCAUGUUACAAAGCUUGAAAUCAGCAACUCUGGUCUUGUAGGUGAGAUUAGCCAUUCUUUGCUUAAUUUAAGCUAUUUGAAUCAUUUGGAUCUUUCCAUCAAUUCUUUUCAUGGAAACAUUCCCAUCUUCAUUGGUUCCAUGACCCAAUUAAUUUACCUUGACCUUUCCCAUAACUCCUUUUAUGGAACCAUUCCUCCAGAAUUUGAAAACCUCACCAACUUGCAACACCUUCAACUUAGUUACGUUGGAAGAUGUAGAGUUGAAAAGAUAGAGUGGUUGUCUAAUCUGUCUCAUUUGGAGAAACUUGAAUUAGAUGGGAUUUCCCUAGCCAAACAAAAUCACUGGGUAGAUGUAAUUCUGAGUCUCCGGAAACUCUCAUAUUUAUCUUUAGAGGGAUGUGAGCUGUCACAGGUGAUGUAUCCAUAUUCUUCUUCAUUUCUCAACUCUUCUUCUUCUUCUUCAUCUAUUGAAGGCCUUUAUCUUGGAAACAACAGUCUCACCUCAUCCAUGUAUCGUUGGUUGUUCCUAUUAACCAGCAAUAAGCUUGGCUAUCUUGAUCUCUCUUACAACAUGUUAGAUGGGAUACCCAAAUAUCUUGGUAACCUCUGUAGCUUGGAGUAUUUGGAAAUCAGUAACAACUCGGCUGCUGUCCAAUUUCCUGAUUUUCUCAACAACUUGUCUGGAUGCACAUCCCUUUCAUUACAAUGGUUGGAUGCUUCUGAUAGCCAAUUUAUAGGAUCAUUGUCCAAUGAUAUCCAAAAGUUUUCAUCCCUAGAGUACUUGGACUUAUCUCAUAAUCACUUAAAUGGAAUUAUAAGUGACAAACUGUGGGAACUACCGGGGCUUGGAUUGCUUGACGUUUCUUUUAAUAAUCUUACAGUUCCUUCCACAUAUCACUUGCCAAGCCUUUCUUAUGUAAAGGAAAUUUAUGUAAGCUCUUGCAAGGUAGGGCCUCGCUUCCCCAAAUGGAUUCAGACACUCAAAAAUCUUACCCGUCUUGAUCUUUCCAAUACUGGAAUUUCAGACACAAUUCCUCUCGAGUUUUGGGCCACAUGGCCUUCUCAAUUAAAAUAUCUGAAUCUCUCUUCCAACAACAUUAGCGGGAAAGUACCAGAUUUAUUAUCAAGUUUUGCCAACGGUUCAAAGAUAGAUUUGAGUUCCAACAACUUUCACGGUGCGAUACUAAAUGUUUCUUCUACUUUGUCAUUAUUAAAUCUUUCCAGAAACAAAUUCUCUGGAGGGAUCUCCUUUAUAUGUCAGAUUGUUGAUGGGUUCUCUUCAUUUCUUGACCUCUCUCGCAACAUAUUUAUUGGACAACUCCCAGACUGUUUGUGGCAUUUCAGAGAGCUAAAAGUUCUUAAUCUCGGACACAACAAUCUCUUUGGAAGGCUUCCUCCCUCUAUUGGAUUUUUGACAGAUCUCCAGGUGUUGUAUGUAUACGAUAACAACUUCUCUGGAGAAUUGCCUUUGUCUUUAAAAAAUUGCACAAGUUUAAUCUCAUUGAAUUUGGGGGCCAACAAGUUUUCUGGUAAUGUGCCUGUUUGGAUAGGAGAAAACCUAUCAGGGCUGUAUGUUCUUAUCCUAAGAUCAAACAACUUCUUUGGAACCAUCCCUUUACAAUUAUGUCAGUUAGCUAAUCUUCAAAUUUUGGACUUGUCAAUGAACAAUCUUCAAGGAACCAUCCCCUCAUGUUUUAGUAAUCUUACGAGCAUGAUUCAACCAAGAUUCUCACAAGAUGUAAAGUUUUAUACACUUGUAAGAGGUGUUGCAUAUGGAUCGGGGAUAUAUGUUGACCAUGCAAUGAUUGAGUGGCAAGGAGAUGAACAUGAAUUCUUUAACACUCUGAAAUUGUUGAAGACCAUUGACCUGUCAAGCAACAAGUUAACAGGACAAAUCCCAUAUGAAAUUACCAAUCUUUCAGACUUGAUUGCCCUGAGCUUGUCAAAGAACUCUCUAUUUGGAGAGAUUCCACAGAAAAUUGGGAGAAUUCCAUCUAGCACUCAACUCCAGUCCUUUGAACCUUCAAGAUAUGAUGGGAAUUCACAACUAUGUGGACUUCCCCUUACCAAAAAGUGUCCUGGAGACGAAGAAUCAGAAGUCCCACCAAUCGUUGGUAAAAGUAAGAGUGAUGCGAAAGACAUAGAUGAAUUUUGGGGAUGGUUUUAUGCUGGUGGGGGAACUGGUUUUGCUAUUGGAUUUUGGAUAGCAUGUGGUGCUUUACUUCUCAACCACCGAGGGAGACGUGCAUUUUUUCACUUUUUUGAUAGCUGCAAAGAUUGGGUUUAGGUGAAGGUGCUGAUGCGCAUUUCAAGUUUGCAUAAAGCUAGAUAAACACAGUUUGUCAUCUAGUUUUUAUUUUUGAUUUCUUAUUUUCCAGUAUGUAAUUUUGCUGGAGGUUUUAAGCCCUCCAUAUUAAUAAAGUUGCCACCAAAACCAUGGGUGGCCAUUUUCUC